AUGAUUUCAGGUGUACCUCAUCAUGAUUUGGGUGAAGCGGUGCUGGCACUGUGUGUACGAGAACCGGGACACCAUUGUGGUUUGCAUGAAAAUGAAGCAGUUAGCAUACUUCGUACACAACUUGCUAAUUACAAAAUACCAAAACACAUCCUCUUUGUGGACGAGUUACCACGAAAUGCAUUGGGAAAAGUGCAAAAAAAUAUUUUGCGUGAAAACUACCAGAAAAUAUUUGGUCGUGGUCAUGGCUGA